CCGGGUCGCACAAGUCACGUGCAGCAGGUAUUGACCCAAAAGGAAACUGAGAGGAGGGGAGUUUCUUCCGCAGCUCUGUGUAGUGUCGCCCUGUGACCGAGUGCUGUUGAGUGGCGUGUGAGUGGUGAUGUCACGGACCAGAAACAGGAACCAAAACAAGGAGUGGUGGUUUCCACAGGAAGGAUGGACGAUGAUGAUUUUGGAGGAUUUGAGACUGCUGAGACAUUUGAAAGUGGAGAUAACGGCACGCAGCAUGCUGUCUCCCCGGCUAUACCAUGGGCGGCCUUUUCAGCAGUUCCGGGGAUGAAGCUGACACAGAGCUCCCCUCCAGACAUCCUCACGGACAAGACUGCUUCUUCUGCUGUAAGCCUCCCCACCGAACCUUCCCUCUACCAGGCUGACAUACCUGACCCAGCCCCUGUACCUGUUCCUUCCAGCGUACUUCCAGCUGUGCAGCAACAGGUGCCGCUCCAGCUUUCUCUGGAUAAUCCAUCAGGCUCUCCACUGACAUUGCCAGAAGAAGCCAAGCAGGCAUCUGCUUCUCCGAAAGUAAAUCUGGCAUUGGCGACAGCGAGGGAAUCCGAGAUUCAUCUCCAACAAGCACUAGCCAGCUUGGAGGCUAAACUUUCAGCUGCCGAAGAGGAAAAGGUUCGAAUUAAAAGUGAUUUGGAGGAGCUUAUGGAGAAGCAUUCAAUGUUAGAAAAGGAUUUCCUGAAAGAAAAGGAUGAAGCAGAGUCUUACAGAGACCGCUACACACAGCUACAGGAAAAACACAAGACUGAACUUGAUGAAAUGAGGAAGGCCGGACAUGGAGCUUUGAGCAUUAUCGUAGAAGAAUUCAAGGCUUUGAUGAAGUCAGCUGUUCUACAGCAACAGCAGACCAGUGAAAAACACCUUGAAGCUGCAGUACAAAAGCAAGCCCACAAGUGCGAAGAUCUGCUGAAUGCCCAGCACCAAAGGCUUCUAGAGUUGCUGGACACCGAGAGAGAGGCUUUAGAAGAAAAACUAAAAGAAGCAUUGAGUCAACAAGCGCAACAUCAGAAGGAAGCCCAAGAAAAAUGUUUACAAGAAGAGAGACAGAAGGCCCAGGAAGCAACAGAAGCUGCAGUUAAGGCAGAGGCGGCGCAUAUACAGGAAUCUCUUUUGGAGGCAGUGCGGCAGGAGAGAAGGAGGAUGGAAGAGGCUCACACUGAGGAGAAGGGCUCCUGGGAGGCAGAGCGGGCCAUGGUGGCUCAGAGAAUACAUGAAGCCCUAAUGGAGGAAAGAAAAAUAAGCAAGGAGGCUGUGAAAGGUGCGAUUGAGGAGGAGCGACAGAAUGGUGAAAAAAGAAUAAAAGAAGCUGUAGUGAAAGCCCGUGAGGAGCUGAUGGACUACGUGAAAGAACAGAAGAGGCUUGACCAAGUGACCAGGCAGCGAAACCUGUCCAGCCUGGAGCUAUUUCUUUCCUGUGCACAGAAGCAGCUGACUGCACUCAUGGAGGAUAAACCUGUAGGUGUUGACAGUGAAAAGAACUGAUCAACAUUCAAAACGCACUGUGAAGAAUGCAACGCCAGGGUGAGGGUCUUUGAGGGGGUUGGCUUGCUUGUUUAUUUCUUUUUAUUAUGACAAAAAGAUUGUAUCUUAUCAAUAAUGAUGGAAAGUCCUGCUAAAAAGUGCUUUAAUUAUGAUCUCUUUCUUGGGAAUGGUUUCUCUGAUUUCAAAAUGACUUGCAUCAACACCUGCUGUAGUUUGACAAAUAAUAAAAUACUUUUUAAAUCA